AUGAGUGCCGGGGGUGUUUCAGAGGCCAGACCUGCCACACCAGAAAUCCAGGAGAUUGCUAACAAGGUCAAACCUCUGCUUGAAGAGAAAACCAAUGAGAAAUAUGAAAUAUNCAAGGCCGUCGAGUAUAAAUCNCAAGUCGUUGCUGGACAAAAUUUGUUCAUUAAGGUGGAUGUAGGGGGUGGCUGUUUCAUCCACUUAAAAGUCUUCAAGAGUCCUUCUGGAGAGAGUAAUUAUGAACUUAGUGGUUAUCAGACUAACAAAACCGAGAAUGAUGAGCUGACCUACUUCUAAGCAGCAAAUUCUAAAGUGAUGUGAUUCCUCUCAUUGUAAAGAAAUUUGGCCAUCAAUAAAGAAGCAAUCUU